UCCAAUACAUUCCACCACACCAUUUUCCCGAGAAACAAACAACUUUUUUCUCUUUCUUAAUCAAACUUCAUUCUCUCAAUGGCUCGUACCAAGCAGACAGCAAGAAAAUCCACCGGAGGAAAGGCUCCAAGGAAGCAACUGGCGACCAAGGCGGCAAGGAAGUCUGCUCCAGCCACCGGAGGAGUGAAGAAGCCACACAGAUUCAGGCCGGGAACCGUUGCCUUGAGAGAGAUCAGGAAGUACCAGAAGAGUACCGAGCUUUUGAUCCGUAAGCUUCCGUUCCAGAGAUUGGUUAGGGAAAUCGCUCAGGAUUUCAAGACCGAUCUUCGAUUCCAAUCCAGCGCUGUGUCUGCUCUUCAAGAAGCUGCUGAGGCUUACUUGGUCGGUGUUUUUGAAGACACUAACCUCUGUGCGAUCCAUGCUAAGAGAGUUACGAUCAUGCCUAAGGAUAUUCAGUUGGCUCGUAGGAUUAGAGGCGAGAGAGCUUAGGGAUUUGCAGCUGAUGAUGAUUUCUGUUAAGUAAUUUCAUCAUAAUUUCCUCUUUUGUAAUGGCUUUUUCUUAACAUUGGGUUUCUGUAAAAUGGUGUGGUAGAAUCCAAUGGCUAAUUAGGUUAGCUAAGUGUUUAUGUUCUUAUUACUAUUUUAUCUAAUUAAUGAAAUAUUAGUAGUUGGAUUAA